CAAACUUGUGUACUACAAUAGUGUUUCUCAGGCAUGUUUAGAAACGUUUCCCUGAAGUGAGACUGGCGGUGAUGAAAUUGAAAAGUUGUAGCCUGCGGGGGAGGAGGAGGGGGCUGCUUUCUCUCUCUCAACUCAGUCGCAUUUUAGUCGGCGAAAUGUGCUCCAAGUAGUGGCUGUCAACAACGAGGCUCCAUGACAGCAUCCCGUGGCUCAGAGGUGACGCGGAAAAUAAAUUCACCUCAUUAACCAUCGGAUGAGUCAGUCUAACUAAGUCUAACUUUUUAUUUGUAUUAUUAUUAUUUUUUCUAAACUUUUGAGCCUGUUUUUCUUCCUUCCAAGCAGCAAGCGGAAUUCAUCUCUCACUAUGUCUGAUGGGGAAUAUGAUUACCUCAUUAAGUUCCUAGCGCUGGGUGACUCUGGCGUGGGAAAGACCAGUUUCCUCUACCAGUACACUGAUGGCAAGUUCAACUCCAAGUUCAUCACCACAGUGGGAAUUGACUUCAGAGAAAAACGAGUGACAUACAAUUCCACUGGUCCUGAUGGGUCCUCAGGUCGAAGACAAAAGAUCCACAUGCAGCUGUGGGACACUGCAGGACAGGAGAGGUUUCGGAGUUUGACCACUGCAUUCUUUAGGGAUGCGAUGGGUUUCAUCCUCUUGUUUGACCUCACAAAUGAACAAAGUUUCCUCAACGUACGAAACUGGAUGAGCCAGUUACAGGUUCAUGCCUACUGUGAGAAUCCAGAUGUGAUUCUGUGCGGCAACAAAUGCGACCUGGACGAUCAGCGAGCCGUGAGUGAGGAAGAACCCCGAGAGCUGGCAGAGAAGUACGGGAUCCCUUACUUUGAGACAAGCGCGGCGAACGGACAGAAUGUCAACCAGGCCGUGGACGUGCUGCUCGACCUCAUCAUGAAAAGGAUGGAACGAUGCGUGGACAAGUCCUGGAUCCCGGACGGCACCUUCCGAACGAACGGUCACAACAACCCAGACUUGGCAGAGGCCUCAGAAAGGAGCAAAUGUGCAUGUUAAGGUGGCGGAGGGGAGGAGUCAUUUAAAUACACUGGGCCUGUUUAAAAUAGGAAAUCAUGGUAUCUGUUUAAGUUCAAAUAUGCAAAUUGGCUCCCCCCGUGAACCUGCUGAUUGACGAUACACUUUUUCUGACAUGCCAUAUAGCACUGUAUGUCACUUAUGUGCCUUUUGAGUCAUAGAUGGACAUUUGUCAUUUCAUUGCUUAGGGUGGUGGAUAUUUAUUUACCACAAUUCUGAAAGGUCCAAUUGUGACAUAUUUUCAUGUAUAAACAUCAUAAUACAGCAAAGUGAGUUAUAAAUAUGCAAUUUAAAUCCCGAAGUAUGUCCUGCUGGUAUACUUUGUUCUACUGAAUUUUGUUCUACUGAAUUGAAUUUCAUUGUAAUGCUGCAAUUAAGAUCUUUGACUUCAGUAUUUAUUAGAUGGUCAAUGUAUAUUGAAAUUGAAUGUAUAAACUUGUGCCAAGUUGUUAACAUCUCAACAUAUACACUUAUAUGAUUUCAAUUCAAAUAGUUUAUUUCCAUUGUUAUAGAUAACACAAGAGCAUCUCUCAGACUUGGCUAGCCAAAUACGGUAUGUGCAAUAAUAAAUUGAUCAUGGAAUUUAA